AUGUAGAAUAAUUAAGGUGGUUAGAGUUCAAGAAUUGAAAAUGGUGCUGAUGAUCGGCGAUUAGAGAGGUUGGAAAGUAAGUAUGUUAAUUUUGAUUAGGUAGUCAAGCCAAUUAAUUCAAAUAUUUCUAGAUUUAAUUCAAUGGUGUAGGUGUGGAAGGAACAUGAGAUACCAGAAUGUCAUUAGAAGUACUACUAUAAUGUGAUAUUGAAACAUUAGCAAUAGGCUGAUGAAUUGAUGAGAAUUGAAAUUGAUAGCAUAUCAAGCAAUAAAAGUGUGGUCAGAACUUUGCAUCAGCUGACCAUAGGGAGGGAUAGAUGUCUCAAAGAAAUAUCCAGAGCUAAGUAAGGGAAUAUUUCAGAUUUCUUGAAAACAAUUUCAAAAUUUAUUUAUGAUCUUCGCAAACUCACUUUGAAUCUAAUUGAAUUCCAUAGGAAAUGGAUGAAUUCUCUGAACUCUAGGUUCGAGUACAACUACAUUUGGAGGAUCAAGGACAGGAAUUAUCUGCAUUAAAUAAAGGAAGAUCAUAAGUUCAUACAAAAUCACCAUCCAAAGAUGAGACAAUAUUUCCAAUUCAAUGAUGAGGACAUCUUCUAUUUGAGUGUAGUGAAACAAGCAGAAUAAGACGACGAAUAAAAGUACGAGCAUUUGAUGAAACACAAGAUGGACAAGAAAUACAUAGAAAAGAUGAUAGAUCUCCAGGAAUAUUUCAAUAGGCAAAUAAAAGAUUAUAAGCCUGUGAAUAUUGUAAAUUCCUCCUCCUAAAAUUCAGACAUGAAUCAUGCGGGUUCUCCAGGAUUUUCAGGUAAAAAGAAUGUCAACUUGGGGAAUUACGCAAGCAAAGUGAUAUACACUGCAGAGGACUUCCAAUUUAAUUUGGUUUCGUAUCCGUAUAAGGAUUUGGAGGCAAUACUCGAGCAUUGGUCAGCACAAAAUGUAUAAGAAUUGAAUGACAGUUUUAAAUACCCAAUUAAUCACAUCAAAGACUUGUUGAUGUAUUGGCAGGAGGCUGCCAUUGUGAGAAUCAAUUAAAAUGGACUAAUAAUAUGUUCAAUUGAUUAGGAGUUCAAUGGAAGGAGGUGGAUUUUGCAUUAAAUAUAUUUGUAAAAGGAAGUGUAAUGGCAAUAGAAAUUGAAUCUUGUGAUUCAACAUUUUAUCAAAAUGUUGAUUAUGUAAGGAGACUCUUUUACGUCAUUGGCUAUUUGCUGCAGUAAUGAUUAAUCUAUCAAAAGAGUGUUGAUUGAUCUGAAAUUCGCAUUCUCAAAGAACAUUACAUAUAAUCAAUUUAAUGUGGUUAUUUAUGAAUAAAAAAUAUAGAAUGCUUAACAACAUAAUAAUAGACAAUAUUAUACUCCUCUGACUUUGAGAAUGCUCAGAAUUUAUGCAACUGAAACUGAUUCAACUCUGAUAACAAACGAGGAAUUGCUUAUUGCCUAAUAUUGUGCAAAUCUUGGAAAGAAUUAAGUUAUCAAAUUUGAAAACAACAUCUUGGUUUUGGCUCCAUAUUUGAGUGUAAGCAUUAAAAUUACAAUAUUAGAAAUCUAAAUUGUAUGGUUAAGAGUACAUGUUAAUUUAGAAACCGGAAGAUGUCAAAAACAAAUAUCAAAUUGAUUUCAGUUCUCCUGUUACCACUCCAGUCUAUUUCCAAUAAUUCAAUGUGAAACUCAAUUUCAAAUACUUCAGUAGUGAGUUCUACCGAAACAACAUUUAGCCGUACCUUCGACUUCCUGCUGUAAUUUUUAGACGCAUAAAUUAUCAUAGCAUCCUACCAUGGAUAAAUAGGAACCCUCCAUUCUGUAGUUAAAUUCCUCGGAAAUCUCAAACAGUGUGAUUUAUCUGAUCUCCACCAUUGACCCAUUUAUCAAAAUGUAUUCAAUUGUCACUCAAACAAUAGAUUCAUCAUGGAAGUGCAAUCUAAUCAGAUAUUUAAAUCCAACAUUCAAUCCUUUAUCAACCAAACCUUUGAGAAAUUUGAUAAGUAACAGGAAUGCCAUUAAAAUGUCUGGCUGCCUCAAUUCAAAUGCAGUGGGAGGUAACUGAAAUUAAGUGACACCAACAUUAAUGCCUACUUUCAAAAUGAUACCUAUUUGUCAGUGACAUAUCCCAGGAAUCCAUCAUUGCACACCAACAAAUAGUUUAAUGAUGCAGAUAAAGUCAUCUAGCCUCCAUUUCUUUUCGGGAUUGUACAGAGUGAUUUGGAAUAAAUAAAUAAACCCUUAUUCUCCAUUCUGAUAGACAAGGAUAAUGUCAUCAAAGCAACUGAGAAGUCAAUCAAUAACAACGCUUCUUUUCCAGCUCCAGUCCAAUUAUAGCCGAAGGAAACUGAGUCAUUCAUUAAGGAAUUGAUUAGGAACACAGAUUAGGAUAUCAAGAAAUCUUUUUGUUCUGAUCCUGCCAUUUUGAUCUACAAAUUAACUUAUUCACUUGAAUGUUCAGUGAUUAAUCUUAACAUUGGCCAUGCUAUUAUCUAUGUUGACGAGAAUCAUAUCUUUGAGAAAAGAUGGGUCAUUGAAUCAAUCAUGAUUAACAAUCUAAACAAUUUGUCUCCACUGCUCACCAAAUUGAUCGAAUACAUUUUCACCAUUGAUUCCUCAGCCAGUGAAAUCCAAAUCUGUUAGGUAAGAUAUACAUGUAGACAUUCAUAUAGAAUCACUACCAAGAGCAUGGGGAGUUGAUUGCGAAUACAUCAAUCAUGAAUGCAAUCAAAAAGGCUAAGUUCCGUUGGAGACUAGUUGAUAAUGAUGCCAAAACCCAAGUCAGAAGGACCAUCUAUUAUCUUAAGCGAUCCCUUACAGAAUUGUAUCAUAUUCCAUAUCAUUUUGUAGUCCCAACAAAACACACAACCAAAUCUCCAUUUAAUUCAGAUCUUAUUAUGCCACUCAGUAGAGUGAAGUGAGAAAUCAAAUCGAAAAUCAAUUAGAAUAUCUUCACUCCUCCAAUGUGUAGUAAUUCUUUGAGGAUUGCUUCUAAUGUCAUGUGCAUGGACAAGUCCCUGAUUCCAACUCUUUCCUCCAAAAGAAAUUGCAAUCCAUCCAAGGCAAACUGCCGAAUUCAGAAUUCCUGAGUAUCCAAACUCCUGAAGAACUUAGAUCGCAAAUCAAAUUCUCAAUCAAUUUGCCUGCCUUUGAGAGCAGAUAUUAGAAGGUAUACAAAUUGACACAUAUGUAGUUCGACUUGCUUCAUAUGAUUACGCAAUUGAAGAUCAAAAGGCAGAGACAAGUGAAUUAUAAAGAUAAAAAGUACCUAGAAAUACCUAAUUACAAUGGAUUGCAAUAGAUAUUUCAAUCUGAAAAUUAUCAAUUGAAUUAAAAGAUCUUCUUCAUUGCUACCCAAGAUCCCCUCUAUUUCCUGUAUUUUAUAGAGUUGAGCAAUCAAAAUCUGAUUCAACAAAUUCAACAUGAUCAACUCAGCGUGGUCAGUCAGGUUUCACAAGUACCUAUACAUUUAUUAUUCUACAAGGCCUUUGUGACCAAAUACCUAAGCAAUCACUAAUUGGUGUGGAUUGAAUAGUUUUAGAAAAUCAUUCCCAUCCACCAAAAAUAGAAUUUCCUGUACAUAGAUUUCGCAUUGAAUUCACAAUUCUCAAUUGAGCAAUCUGUGAUAAUGGAUGACGACUCUGCACAUUUGGAAGAUAUCUAUAAGAUCAAUUUGCCUCUGUUUUGUGGACUCUUGAACACCAAUGUGAGAACCCAAUUUGAACGUCCAUUGAUAGGAAUGAUAAUUGAUUGAUUGAUGAUUAAUCGAUUUUUACUCAGAAAUAAAACACC